CUGCCUUCCUCCAGCUCCCUCCCUCCUGCCCAUAUAAGGAACCUCCCGCCUCAGGCCUGUGCAGCAAACCAUACCCCCACCACACCAACAACAAACAACCUUGUCCACCAUGACAGCCAUCCAGCAACAAUCACAAUUUGACUGGGCUGGCGACGCCUUCACCGCCAUGCACCAGGCCAAUGCCUCGUCUUCGCAGGACAAGUGGGCAACUACCUUCAGCAAUUCCACUUCCAUGCCGCCCCAGCAGCCCUUCUCCAUUCCACCCUCGCUGCUUACACAUGCCACCAUGGAGCGCUACGGCCAAGUCACCCCACCCGAAGAGCCCUCACCAGCACAGCCUCCUCGAGAUGAGCGUGACAGCUCCGUUCCCGUCGAGCAACUCCGCAAUGAGACUGCCUUUUGGCCAAAGCAAGAAGCUUCUCCUCAGAUGCCGCCUGCAAAGCGACGACGCACUAGCCGCCAGGACUCGGCCAAUCAAGUCGUCGCUGCUGGCUCUCUGCCUAGCGUCCCCGUCGCGCAACAACAGGAUACUGCCGACGGCAACCCUCAGCCGCCCAAGCGCAAGCGGGGCAGGCCCAAGUCGCAGCCACAGAUGGUCGAGGCCUUCACCGCAGACGGCUACCCUUUCCAAGUAUCGUCCGCUCGCCAGACGCACCUCGAGAAGAACCGUGUAGCUGCCCACAAGUGCAGGCAGCGCAAGAAGGAGUACAUCAACAGCCUCGAAGGCCGCGCCCGCGAAUUUUCUGCAAAGAACAAGAUGCUCAAAGAGAAUGUCGCCCUUUUACGCGAGGAAGUCCUUGACCUGAAGAAUGAAGUUCUACGCCACGCUGGCUGCGGUUUCUGGGCAGUAGACGAGUAUCUAGCGCGAUGCGCCGGUGGCCUUCUAGGCAUGGACGCCCCCGCACCGGGAAUGCCUGGUCAUCACUCGACACCGCGACAGAGCACCAAUAUGCAAAGCCCUGGAUUCUCCAACCAACACGCACGACAGCAUAGCAUGGCUUCGAUGAGUUCCGCAGAUAUGGACGACUUUGGUGGGCUCGAGCUUCUCAAGGACUUUACCGACGAAGACAUGGACGACAUGGAGGCAUAGGAAGCCAACUUGCACAUUCUCGCUACCAAGGCUUUUCAAUAUUGAUGCAUAUUACAUCGCUUGGCUUUGGUCUUUGAUACGCAAUGUGGGCUGCCGG